UUGGAGAAGAUAGAUCGAAAGGGAGCAAAAAUAACUGGAGAAAAAAACAGCAACCAAAGAUGGAAAAUUUUCAAUAAUUCUGGUCAAAUGCACCACAACCACACUGCAUACAAAAAAUCCGGUACACAAUUAUCUGACAAUGAGUUGAAUAAAGAAAGAACGAGAGAAAACGUGAAGUGGAAUAGCACAUUACUAUGUAAAACUGAAACAAUUGGUAUUCAAAGAACUGAUGCAAACAUAAGCGAGCAUAUGAAAUUCCCACCGGACUUCAUACUCGGAGUAGCAGGAGCCGCAUAUCAAAUCGAGGGUGGCUGGAACGCGAGUGACAAAGGUAUAAAUGUGUGGGAUGAAUAUACUCAUAGGAAUCCAUCGCCUAUCCAGGACGGAAGUAACGGCGAUGUCGCUUGCGAUUCCUACCACAAGUACAAAGAGGAUGUUGAAUUAUUGGGGGAUCUCGGAGUCGGUUACUACCGCAUUUCUCUGAGUUGGUCCCGGAUUCUGCCAACUGGUUUUCCGAAUAAAGUAAGUCACGAUGGAAUUCAGUACUACAAGAAUCUAUUGGACGAACUUAAGACUAAAGGGAUAAAACCCCUUGUCACGAUCUAUCACUGGGAUCAUCCAGCAAUACUAGAAGAAAUGGGUGGAUGGACGAAUGAAUUAAUGGUCACUUGGUUCGCGGAUUACGCACGCGUCAUUUUCAACGAAUUGGGCGACCGCGUUGAAAUAUUCGCAACCCUUAACGAGCCAACGAGCUACUGCACUAGGCCUUCCGACGAGCCGCAGAUAUCUCCAGGCACGGCACUACCUGGAAUCAGUCCGUACAUAUGUAUGCACAAUUCGCUUAAAGCGCAUGCAAAGGUUUACCAUAUGUAUGACAAGGAGUAUCGAAAGCAACAGAAUGGAAAAAUCGGUAUUGUCUUGGGUUGUGCAAAUGCUUAUCCGAAAAAUUCGAACGAUACGGAAACUCCAGAAGUAUAUUUCUCCUUCUUUUGUGGUUGGGCCGCUGAUCCAAUAUUCUCAGAAAGUGGCGAUUAUCCGGAGGUAAUGAAAAAUCGGAUUGGUGAGAAUAGCAAAAUGGAGGGCUAUCCGAGAUCGAGACUUCCUGCGUUCACUCAGGACGAGAUAAAUUAUAUAAGAGGCAGCGCCGAUUACAUAGGCCUCAAUCAUUACUCUUCGGUUCUAACCGAACCAGCGCCGAAAUCGAAUACGACUCUCUGGUACCGGGACCAUGGGGUAUACACGAGUUUUAACGCGAGUUGGCCUCGCUCCGCAUCGUCUUGGCUCAGAGUCGUACCCCAAGGAUUUGGUCAUCUACUUAGAAUAUUGAAAAAUCGUUACAACAAUUUUCCAGUUUACGUGCUCGAGAAUGGGUUCUCCGAUGACGGCACGAGUCUCAAUGACACUCAGCGAAUCCAAUAUCUUCACGAUUAUAUCAAAGAAUUGCUCUUGGCCGUUAAUCGAGACAAAUGCCCUGUCAAAGGAUACUUUGUUUGGAGCCUUUUAGAUAACUUUGAAUGGAAUGAUGGAUAUAAAUUUCGAUUCGGUAUUGUCAACGUUGAUUUUCAAAAGUCAGAUAGACCUCGCACACCGAAACAGUCUUUCGAAUGGGUCAAACAAUUAAUUCGAACACGUGAACUCCCACCAGUCUAAUGACGUCCACAUUGACGAAGAAACGCACAAAUAUACCAAGCAUCCUUCGAGUCUAUCGCGACAAUGCAGUCUACGGUGAUGGGAGUGAAAUUUAAUGGCAUUCAAAUUUUUUUAAAUAGUGAGCGUACCUCUUUCGUAUGAUUUUCCAUUUACGGUUUUUCACGAUUAUUUUUGCUUCCUCGUAGAAUGUGCUCAAAAUGUCCAAAAACAUCAAA